AUGAAGUUCUCCCUCGUCCCCGUGGCCAUCGCCCUCUUCUCCACCGCCUACGCCGCCCCCGGCGCGCCUGCCGCUGAGAACGUCGAGCUCGUCGCUCGCGGCAACUGCCCUGCCGCCCAGGACUGCGUGUGCACGGCCAAGUUUGAUAAGUACGCCAACCCCAUAGAGUAUGGUUCCACCGUCUCGGCCCGCAUCUCUGGCGCGGACCGAGGGCUGACGACCUCGGACUGGCGCGGCACCAACGGCUACGGAAGCUCCUCUUUGUGCAGAGUCACGGUCGACCGCGUGUGCGGCAACUGCCGGGCCUGGAAGACGACGACGGAAAAGUGCGGAUACUACAGCAGGUCUGACUUCAGCUGCGUCAAUGCUUAA